AUGUUGGGAACAGGCAAGGCGCUGACGCUUCAUGCGGGCAGAGACGGUAAACCGCAGUAUGAUGCGAUUGUGCACCAGGGACGUCGAGAAGAUCAACAUGUACAGUCUAAAUUUACGGAUCUUCUGCCCCUGAGUCAACGAGACGAUUUGAAAGAUCGACAACGUUCCAUUGACCGACCCUCCGAGGAAGAAGUCUUGUCCACAGCGGAGCGCACUCGCCUUGCACUGGAAAGCAUUGUGCAUGGCAAGGUUAAAUCAACGCAGCCAAAAAAUGUACCAGGUGCAUCCUCCAACACUAGUUAUUUACGCUACACACCUGCCUCGCAAGGUCCAGGUGGCAAAAAGCAGCGCAUCAUUAAAAUGACCGAGGUUGUGGAAGAUCCUCUGGAGCCACCCAAGCACAGGUUUAAAAAGGUGCCUAACGGGCCACCCAGUCCUCCGGCGCCGGUGCUACGGAGUCCACCGCGCAAAGUGACUGCUCAGGAGCAAAAAGAAUGGAUGAUCCCCCCAUGUAUUUCUAAUUGGAAGAAUAACAAGGGCUAUACUAUCCCGCUGGACAAGCGUCUUGCUGCCAGUGGUCGUGGCAUGCAGGAUGUGGAAGUCAAUGACAAUUUUGCUCAAUUUUCGGAAGCCCUCAAUAUGGCAGAUCGCCACGCGCGCGAAGAGGUACGACAGCGUAACAUCAUGCAGCAGAAAAUUGCUGCGCAAGAAAAAGCUGCUCGUGAAGAGAGCCUCCGUAUGCUUGCGCAACGUGCGCGCGACGAACGUGCGGGUAUAUCCUCUCAUGAUGAUCGCUUAGCACACAGUGGUAGCGCGCUGACUGCCUACGGAAGCAGUGAGAGUGACGACGAAGAUGAUGAAGACGUCGCGCAGCGUAACCGUCUCCGUGAAGAGCGCCGUCGAGAACGAGAGCGCGAAUUGCGUAUGAGCAACAUGGGCCAGGAACAGCGGGCGCGAGCGUUUGCCAAGGAGCAGAACCGUGAUAUCUCCGAGAAGGUGGCACUUGGUUUGGCCAAACCAACCAUGAGCAAGGAGUCUAUGACUGACGCCCGGCUUUUCAACAGAGAAGCCCUUUCUAACACAUUUGGUGAUGAUGAUUCGUAUAAUGUAUACGAUAAACCGCUAUUCCAGGGGUCUUCUGCGGCCACAGCCAUCUAUACUCGUCCGGGCACUGGUGGCUCAGACGAAAUGUUCGGAAACGGUACCGCAAGUGGUAUUCAGAAUGAGCUGCAACAUGACAGGUUUGGUUUGGGUGUCAAAAGAGGAUUUAAAGGAAGUCAGAGUAAAGAAACGCGCUCUGGUCCUGUACAGUUUGAGAAAGACGACAGUGAUCCUUUCGCUAUUGACCAGUUCUUGGAUGAAGCUAAGCGUGGUAUUAAACGAAGCGCGGAUGAAUCCAAUGAACUAGAUGCAUGA